AUGAUAAGGAACAACAAAACACCUCGCGAUCUUGCCAUAUUGGCUUCCUUGAAGACACAGCCCAUGGACCUCCGAAGGCCCGACAGGUAUGUGUGCUAUUCUAUCGCGUACGGAAAAUUUCAGAGCAACAGUGGUGCAUAUAGUAUUCAUUAAAUUACCUUCGAGAAAAUAGUGCUGCUAUUGAUUUCAAUAUGAAUUGGCUGGGAGUGAAAUGCAGAAUGUCAAAUUUCCCUUAUGUGUAUUCCUGCGAUCAAAAUCUGCAUGGUGGUUUACGACACGAGACACAUGUUUGUCAUAUGUCACCAGCACUGCAGCGGCCGAAUACAUUGAGGGUAGCACACUGGAGGUGACGUGGAGCAAUAUAUAUAACUCUUGACUAAUACUGAUUUGAAGGGAGUUGUUAAACGGGUCAUCGAUGUUACCCAAAAUGGGAGUAAGAAAAGUAAUAUAUGUAUAUAUAUGUAUAUUGGUAUAUGGGUAUAUAUUGGGAUAUUUACCCUGCUAGCAAUAGCCCCGCCUAGCCCCGGGGGCUAGAGGGCGCUCACCGAUCGUUCAUUCGGAACUCACUCGUUCCGUUGUGCCUUAAGGGCUAAGCGGGCGAUCCGUCUGGAUGGCGAGGUGAUACCAAUAUAUCAAACAACCGGUGGGAAGUGCAACGCUGUCGGAAACUGCGGGGUUGGGCCGUGGAAAGUGCCGACGUGAAAUGGGAAAUACGGUACGUUAACUGCGGUAAAGGUGGGAAGGAGGUCGGAGAGGAUGUUAGGACAGAACGCCGGCUAUUUUCGCCAACACGCGGUCACACCAUCUUCAUCCUCGAUCUGCGUUCCUAGUGUCAUUUCAUUCGAACAACUCUGCACAGUUCUGGGGACGGCACGAUUGUUCUUACAGCCUAACCUGACGUACAUGGCUAGGCAGUGCGCAGAGCUAUGAUGAGCGAUGACGUCAGGGAUAUAACUAUAGAAAGUAGUUUUAUCGAGUUUUUAGUAGUAAUAUGAAGGAGUUAACGAGAACGUGUUAUUUUAUUAUCGAUUUGUUGAAGUUUUGACAAGCUUAUUAUAAUUCGCUCGGGUUUGCUAUCGCUCUUUUACUGCAGUUUCGACUGGCUCUAACAUUAUAUAUCCAGCCAUAUUGGUGAGCCCAAAGGGAAGUUUUACUUAAGAUCGGGUGAAGUGAGAUAAUUGUCAAGAACGAUUUCAUGGAGUGGUUUAAAUUGCGACGUGCGAGAAAACGUAAGUUUGACCUUAGUAUGCGGCGAUGACAGUGGUUUUUGGUUUGCCUAGUUGCCUGUUCAUAUCAGACUUUUAACUUUUUAUUGGUAUAUUGGUAUAUUUACAGUCAGAACGACCUUUGCUACUCCUAAAUUUUAGUUAGCAAUUUGGUCAUAUUAGUUGAUUUGGCACUGCAUGUCUCAGUUGUUUUACCCCUUUAUUCCUAUAGCAUCCCUCGCAUCCUUUAUUUGUUGUUAAUGAGAGGCUUAACCUGACUAGAGCAGCUAUCGAUUUGAAACACAAUUUGACUUUGGUUUAGCUUCUGUUUUCCAUCACUAUGUCUGUUAUAACUUCUGAAGCGUUUGACUUGUGACUGACGAUUUGUGCGAGGCUUUUAACUUGUACCACUACACUUGUAGAUAUGACGGGCAAUAUUACUAUAUGCGCGACUUCUGGGAGUUUCUCCAAACUUUUCUUUUCUUACUUGAUUAGUCUUCACGUCCUUGGUUUUCUGUGCCCAGUCUGAUUAUUUUUGAAUAAUCGCCGUCGCACACCGAGUAACCAGGCCUUUUUACCGUUCGUUCCUUCCUGUUUCUCUAACAUUUCAAUUCAGAUACACAACAUUUAAGUCAACCGUAGUUUCAUUUGCAAUUUCAUCACAGCACUUGCCCUUUUAUCAGUUUUAGCAGUACUCCUGAUAUACUUGUGUUCAGUGGGAUUUCUAUGGCUGGGUUGUUGCAGUCCUCAGCAGACCGUGCCUGAAAAGGCCUGUUUUGAAAGAGUUACUCCAUGUUCGCGCAUUAAUUUCCUCGGAAAUUAAACAAGGCAAGACCUUAUUUUGCCUUUGCAUGCGGUUUUAUUGCUUUUCGACCGAUAGCAUUAUUGUUGGCGUAUCGUUGCCGAACAUUAUGGAUGCUUGCAUCAUCAGUCCACAUAAACAAGACACACGCCUCGCCCGUGGCACGUCGCAUUUGAAUUCAAAUUCGCCCGAAUUAUCUUACUGGUACAGCGAUCAGAUAGUUUUCAUUAGUAUCCCCUAUGUGUCAUAUACCCUUAAAUCAGCAAACGGUGGUUACAGGUGUUUACCGCUCACUUUACGUAGCGUUAGAGUGACCCACCAAACCAGUCAUCGAAAGAAAUUAAGAGUAAAAAUGCGAUACUACGUAUUACUAAAACGGGACAAGGGAGACUUGGCGCUGACGUUUAUCGCGUGAGGGAUAAACCUAUAUGCGAAAAUAUGAAAUUCUCCUAAUAUUGGUCCUUUUACAAUGCGUUUAUACAUCUCGUGACCUAUAGGAGAAAGGUCACGCACCUCGCAUAAAAACCCUUAUACAACACAGGCCGUCUACCUCGCGUCCACGAAAGUUAUGCUACGUUAAAUCAAAACCCCCUUCCUCGAAAGAAGGCAUAGUUUAGUUUGUUAAUUAUUAUUUAUUAACUCUCCAAAUUUGAGGACCAUCCGAACCGUCAGGCGCCGACAGUUCUCGAAAUUUGUCGUUACAGUGUGUUCUCGGGGGACGUUCUUCCCACAUAUGAGCACCUGGGUCGACUUCGGAGGCUCUUCUUACAAUGGGACCUCAUCACACAAAAAUCCUCUUCCUGAAUGAACGUAUAUGACCAACAUACUCUUGAGCAAGUAUAGAAUGUCCUCUGAUAAGUCCCUACUUUAAAAUAUUCUUGUGAUAGCGUUUGCUGGUGGAGGCAGAAUUCCUUCAUCCUUUUUCUAAUCAUUCGCAGAGGGAACAUUGGUCAGUUUUCCCUGUGGAUGGUUUUGAGGGAUGUAUGACGGCAUUUUUUAGUGCACGACAAAUAAAAUCGUCGUUUUGCUUGCUUGUGACCCUUUUUGGUCAACCUUGGUUACUUCUAGGCUUUGUUUAUUAUUAAUAGUUCUCCAUAGAUUAACCUGGCUGAUAAUCAAAAUAUUAGCUGGCGUCUAACGCAGCAGCCGAAGGGCUGCCGAUUUCCAUAUCUGCACCAAAUCAACGCCCGAUAGGAACUGCUUUGACAUCUUUGUCGCAUGGCGUGACACAGAAAAGUGACAGCAUGUAGCGGAUACUCGAUAUAUAUUUGUUGACGCCUUAUUUUUCGCGGUGUGGUAGAGCAAAGUACCGCCAAACAAGUUUAUUACUGCGUUUUGCCACAAAACACGGCAAAUUUGCAAAAAAAUAAUCUUAGAAACUGAGUUCUCCCCUUGUUUCUUGGAAACAAUUACAAUUUCUCAUACUCGAUUUCACCUGACAUUGCUUGACACAAAAAUCCGACUUUUCAGUUUCAGAAUGGAUUUAUUUGAGACAUUUCAUGUCAUUUUAAGUGUUCUUAUACAGAAUAACGCGCACAACCAAGAGAUUUUGAGUUGUAGUAUUCAGUAGCAUAGGAGAUUACUCAAAUGUCAGGAAAUGUCCGAUUUCGUCUAAACCUAGCAUGCUUUUCCCCAUACAACGGAUUCGAAAUAAAUUCUUCCUCAGUAAAAGGCUUUAUGCGCAUCGAAUCUAUCCAACAAGCAUAAAUAACAACGCCAACUGUAUGCAGUAACACCUAUUUACAUUUCGAUCACGACAUUCAACGAAUUACAUCAUCCACUGUAUGUUGGGGGCGAUCGCAUCGUCUGAAGAUGGGAAGUGUAAGUGAAGAUUUAUGCGACACAAACAGGUACUGUACUUUAUUCCCAUAAAUUGCUCUCAUGACAUAGUGGAUGGAGCAUCGUCUUGUUCAACAGUGUACGGGUUCGAGUUCCCGCUUUGCGAUUCUCUGUUAGCCAUACCUGUUGAUUUGUACAAAAUUAGAAACUCCUUGUCAUUUUGGGUAUGUUCUGCAAUCACACCGGAAACCUCGCUCAAGGCAAUGCCCUCGGAUGUUAGCUUGCAUAACUUUUGUUUCUCAUUCUAGCUGGUCAACGAGUCUAGGCUGUCCCUUUAUUGACAUGAAAUUACUUUCGUGCUUUUCCUGACUGAGUGGAACCUUGAUCCCUUUAGACCUAGUUUGGCUCCCUGACGGUCUCCGUGAGUUUAACUUCAUUAACGGUUUGUAUGUGGAAGUUGCACCGGGACAUUCACGCUCGAUUUGGGUUCUACAAGGAGCCUUCGUGGUCACUGUAAUUUUUUCUGUGUACUGACGCCAAAAUAUUUCGUUUUCUUGAAUAUGUUGGAUUAUUUAUUUCCGAUUUUAUCCGGAGUUGUCUUCUUCAUUGUCCAGCUUCUAAAUUGUGAAACUAACGCGACUAAAUGUAAUUGACCUUAUUUUCCAUAACUUUAUGGUAUUGUUAAAUGUUACUUGCAUUGAGCCUUCAUACAAGACUAAGGGUGGCGAUAUCAACCUUUUACACAUUUUUGGUGUGUUAAAUACUCCACACUAGUAGCCGAUGUUUCUUAACUUCAUGAGCCCCGUUUGACUGGAGUUUUAAUGAACGUAUUUUGUUAUAGACCUUCCCCAUCCGAACUCAACAUUUGCAUUUGCAGAGCCAGUGUAGACUGGUUUUUCUGCUCGGAAUUUCACAGUUCAGUUAGUCAGUCACUAACGAGAUUGUAAAAUAUAGUAUUCAUUUGUAGAAAGUUAAAACGCGGCAUAUGCAGUUCCGGACACAUGGAACUGGACGCCCACUUCUCAUUGCGUGCUUUUUUGUAACUCCAGCUACAUGAGAAGUUCUUAUGCGACCGCCUUCUCUUCUUUGGGCUCCAGUCUAUUGUGGGAUCCAUAUCUGACCGUAAUCCAUUGAUUCCUAGUAAUCUCUCCUCUGUCUUCGCCCGAUACUAACGGGAGUUUAAACCAUGCUGACAGCAAGUUUCACCGUCACGCACACUCUUCAUGACAGUUUCUGUUUUUUUGAGUUACAAGUGAAUGCCUCUUUUGAUUAGAUAGUAUUCCACCAGACAAACUACUCAAUUCCCAUCUUCUCUUGCAUUUUAACCGCAUAACAGCAGUCCAUGUUUUUCGUAGAUCUAACACCGUUUCGUAGUAAACCACCCUUUGGUUCUGUCAACAUUCAUUCCGCCUUCUGACUGCUCUCGCCCUUCCACCAUGAUCACGUUACGCAUAGUUGCAGUAAUCUUCCGUCAUCUGACUCACAAUUCGACCGGACAUUUAUGCAGUCUGUUUUUGCCCGGUUUGUCGUUCUUGUUUCUUGUACGACUUCUGAGACGCAUCCUCCACCUCUUCUUGUUCUUGUUUUCCUUCAGAGUCUUCAUUAUGCGAGGCAAACUUUUGCAGUUAGACAGGUCGUCUCUUAACAUGGUGCAUAAUUACAUUCGCCGGAAGUUGGCCGACCUAGGUCGUCUAGAGGAAGCGCUCACAAAGAGCGAAAAAGCAAAUCUUCGGGGUAAGUCACUUCUCUGUCUUCUCAGACGAAUUAAGAUUUUUUUCGGAAACCGGAAACAUUUCUGUUAUGUUUAGUAGGCCCAGCGGUACUUGCCGGUUUAGGCCUGGGGGCCACAGUACGGACUCAGUGCACCUUUUCUAGUUAAUCAUAUGUCUUUGUUCGGCCAGUGCCUGGAGCACCAACCUACACCCACCGCAAUCGCCUUCACUGCCCACACUGCCCUCGCACCUUCAGGCAUCGCAUGGGCCUAUUCGGCCACAUGCGCAUCCACGAGAGCGGAAUUGACCGCAACUCUGACACACCCCCGACACCCAGCACAUCCACCACACCCAGUCUCACCCUCGCUCCAUUGCCCUGUGCGCCCAUCACUACCACCAUCAUCACCGCCUCCUCCGUAGCUGACACUGACGCCGCCGACAUCACAUGCCCACACUGUUCACGCACAUUAACCUCACGCAUCGGCCUGGUCGGUCACUUGCGAAUCCAUUGCACAGAGACUGGCGAACCAGUGCCUGGAGCACCAACGUAUACCCACCACGCUCGACUUAACUGCCCACACUGCCCUCGCGCCUUCAGGCAUCGCAUGGGCCUAUUCGGCCACAUGCGCAUCCACGAGAGCGGCAAUGACCGCACUCCCGACACACACACCACAUCCACCGUGCGCACCCCCACACCCGCUCCAUCCGUCCGCGCCACCACCGCCUCCUCUGUAGCUGACACUGACACCGCCGACUUCUCAUGCCCACAGUGUUCACGCACAUUCACCUCACGCAUCAGCCUGGUCGGUCACUUACGAAUCCAUCGCACAGAGACUGGCGAGCCAGUGCCUGGAGCACCAAACUAUACCCACCACGCUCGACUCAACUGCCCACACUGCCCUCGCACCUUCAGGCAUCGCAUGGGCCUAUUCGGCCACAUGCGCAUCCACGGCGACCUGCGGUAGACAACCGCCGGCCACACCACACAUUCACUCACUCCCUGUCUCCCACCACCACCACCACCACCCCACGAGAUAUCAACACUCAUACACCUCAUACACCCAACUGCCACCUCCCACGCAAGUGGGAAGUGUGCAUCUCGACUCGGUCCCCAUGCGGCUUCGGCUGCACGGGUGACUUGAGUCCGAGACUAUCCCGACACGUCAAGCGUCAUAGAUAGGAAGGUUGCUGGUUGACGCCUGCUCUCGGUUCACGCAGUUCGUCGCGUUGUGUGUGUGUGUGUGUGUGUGUGUGUGUGUGUGUUGUGUGGAGUGGCGGACUCGUGGGCUCGGGACGGGCUGAAACAGCACCUUCCACGGCACUCUCACGCAAGUGAGAGACACGCCGUUCAAGCCCCGUUGUGUGAAAUCCUAGUGUUGUGUGUAUGGGGGGCCAGGUCGUGCCGUGGCGCGCGCAGUCAUGGUCAGUCGACCAUGACAGCCACCGCGCCCAUUUCCCACUCCAGUCUGCUGACCGGCUCGGACAGCGGCUGGGGUGUGGGAAUGGGAAGGGAGAGUGAGGUCGACGACUCAGCGCACUUUCUCCUCACUAUAAACAAUCUGACGCGCUUGAAGCUAUCAUGGUGCGCUAAAAGCCGUGGCUUGGAAGGUUGGCAACUGACGGCGUAACUUGGACCUCCUCCUUGACGGGAGGCUGUCUGAGAGUCAGGCUGCAAUGGCUCCUUUUUAAUGUGGCCUUUAUGGCACUCCCACCACAGUGUGGGAUCCGAGCCAGGCGUUGACGGCACGCCUAGGUGCGGCUUCGGUCGUGCCGGCCUCUAUUGUCUGUUGUGCUGGUUAAAAUCCUGGUUAUUUGUUGUGUGGACCAGGGGGUGUGGUGGAACGCUAAGGUGAGGAUCCGUCCGAGCCCUCCACCUGCGGCCUCCCUCGUCUCCGGUCUUCUUGACUCUGUCUUGACACCGGGUUCAGGCGGGGGAGGAGGAGAGAGUGUAGGUAGAUGCAGCGCAAAUCUACUGGCUUUAUAAACCCCUGCGCAAGUCACCGUCCCUGCUCUCACCGCUGCUGCAGCUGUGGGGCACACGGUGGACAUCAUCGAAAUCGAUGGUCGAUCUGUCAUGUCUUUGUUCGGCAGACCGAACACAUGGGAGUCAAAAACGGCAUAUUUUUAACGAUCAUAUUUUGCCAAGUGUGAUUAAACAGCUGUCUCGCGAAAAGUAUUUAGGAAUUGUUGUCUGUGCAAUUUGCAGAUCGUUAAAACUGACAAACUGUUCAAGGACACUGAAACAUGUCCGUGAUAUCUGAUUGUUUCAUGUAGUUUGAACACGGCUGUCGAGGACAAGUGGUGGAAAAUUUAGUGUACACAUACCGUCUAAAAGUGCUCCUCCCGAAUGACGUCGAGCUUGUGCCCCCAAAUACUUACGCUUGGUAGGGAAAUUGUGUAUUCGAUAACGACCUGAGAUGAAAACGAUGGAGGUAGUUAUCGUACACCUUCGUAUAUUACACCUACCUUCUCCAUCGCGUGCCGCCACCACGUCGUCAAUCCUCUGUGGCACACUUUCGGUCAACGGAUUAACGAGUUCAAGGGGUAUUCUAUCCCAGCUUAUGAUUGCAGCAACUUUUGAGCAUCUCAAGUUGGGCAUAGACCCUAACUGGUUGAUGUCUAUCUUAAAACAGUCUUAGAUUCCCAAUGCGAUUCGGGUCUACUGAUCAUGCCGCUCACGGGAAGGUUCGUAUCCCGUUGGUCUUUUUGAAGGAUCGUGCAAUCCUCGCUGGAUGAAGAGCCGCGUUGUGGUCUUGUGACACAAAAUUCCUCAGUUCUCUUAUGAAUGACAAUAGAUGGCUCUCGGCAUCCGAAAGUUUUAUUCGCCGCCGGCAUUUCAGCGUAGAGUCGUCAGUCCACUUUUGCUACAUGUCCAUAUUGUCUUUCACGCAUGCAGUGGCCAUCCGCCCCGGGCAAUUGGUGAGAUACACUUCACCACAGACUCCUCGUUGUUUGCUAUGUUCUUCUUGGUUGCGCUCCUAAACCGCAUGGCGGUUAAGAAAGUUUGACCGACUAUACCUACGUAAAAUAUGUUUCACACGUUUAAUAGCAGUAGCCAGCAGACAGUGAAGACUUGAAAGUUUAUGAUGUGUUCGGAGCAGGUUGUCGAGAGUGGUCAGUUUGCUAGGAAGACCGAACCAAAGGCACGCGUUGGAGAGCGCGUGAGUUGCUAUGCGGUUCGUGUUUCCGACAGGUUAGUAUCGGCAUAAGAACGAGAUUGGCCGAGUCAACAGUGUGUUAAUGCGUGCAGUUAGUUGGUCCGUUGUCGUACGACUACGAGCCUCACCUGUUAACGGACAUGAGAUGGCGCCUGCUUGUGGAUGUUGCCGUAACUCGAGGCUGGACAAGGCCUGCUCAAGAUGCAGACUGAAGAGUGGUUGUGGAUUAGUGGCGCGCCUGCCGUAGGGCCUGAAUGUUCGUACGGCAUGCCAGUCACCAACCGGAAGCCGGGACACUAGAGAGGGUUUUAUAUGACCGGAUCAAGGGUGGGCCCUUAGUUGUCCGUAUAAUUCAUCGACCAUGAGAAAACGCUCCCUGGAAUUAGUGCCUGUCAGCUUGAAGUAGACAGUUUCAAAUAUCUCAGGUGAUGCUGCUGCCGAAUGGACAGAGUGAGGACGCAUUGCCUCCCGAAUCGUUGUUGCUCCUCGGGUUUUUUUCAAGCCUUAGAAAAUGCCUAUGUAUCCGACGUGACAUCUCCAUCGCCUCAAAGAUUCGCCUGUACCUGCACCUAUGCUGUCGGUCCUUCUCUAGGGUUGCGAGUGCGGAGCUGUGCGCGUGGAAGACGGGUAAAAAUUGGAGGUAUUUUGCCACCACUGCUUGAGGACAAUCCCUCGAGUGAAGUAAACUGAUCUCUUCUCAAAUAAGACAGCCCGCACUCGCUGCGACAACAUUGCAGGGAUAUCCCAGGCCAUUUAAGAAAGACUGAGUUGGUUUUGGCACAUCUUUCGUCGUUUAAAUCACAAGCUCGAUGUUGCCUUCCUCGAUCCGGCACCGUUGCCCACUUGAAGGUGCCGAAGAGGGAACCAAUUCAAACCUGGCUUGAAACAGUCCGUCAAGACAUGGAAGUGGUUUUUGGGCCUUCGGUACCCGGUCUUCGUCGCUGUCAAGGAGAACGGGUUAAGCUGCUCAGAGGUGCUACCGCGGAUCGUCACACAUAGUGGGGUACAGUUCGUGGGACCAUCGAGACUGACCAGACCAAUCAUGAUCGCAGCCGUACCGAGUACAAGUAAUUAGGGGCAACUGUUUAUACCACGUUCACGAUGAAUAACUGAGCUUGCUAAAGGCUCGUCCAAGCUACGGAGUCCAUGCUUUCUUCUCUCCGCUUUAUAUCUAUGCUUUCAAAGUUGUCAUGCUAUUCGACAGAAGAAAACAGUGGGCAGGGCGGUUGAUACAUGGAUAGUCAAAUGUUUUGGUACGGCUGACAGUUCGACCGUCUCGGGCGACAGUGUCCACCGUUGCCUUAUAAGGUUGGCCCAGUCCUGGUCAUUGUACUUUGUGGACCAGGGGGUCUAGUGGUUCGCCUAGGUGCGGGUUUUCGCCGUGCCGGCCACACGCGUCCUCUCCCACCUCCGCUCGUCUUGACAACGGGCCCAGGUGGGGGAGGAGGAGAGAGUGCGGUACAUGUUGCGCACCCGCAAGUCACCGUCCUUGCCCUCACCCUGCUCUGGACUACAUGGCGGACGUAGUCGGUCAUGAUGGUCGAACUGUCAUGUGUGCUGGUAAAGCAAGGCGUUAUAGUGGGUCCUGUACUGUGUUGCUUCACUGUUGAUUGUCAUGGAUACGCCCGUGACUGAAUAGGCCCAUAAGAUGUUUGAAUGCCCCUGGGCAGUGUGGGCAGGAGAGGCGUGUGACGGGUCUACAUUGGGACUCCAGGCACUGGUUCGCCGGUCGCGGUGUGGCGAAUUCGCAGGUGACAGAACAAGCCGAUGCCCAAUUCGAAUGCAUGGUUGCAGUGAGGGCAGGUAGAAGUUGAGUUCGCAUUACAGGUGGACGGGUGGGCAGGGGUGUCCUCACCAGUGUGAGUGGUGCCAUCCAUCACCACCUCUCUCACCACCAACAGUGCGGACUCGACUCUAACGUGUCCUCAUUGCGAUCACACCUUCACAACACACAUCGGCCUGGUCGGUCACCUGAUACUCCAUCGCACUGAGCCUGGCGAACCUAUGUACACCACACACGAGCCUGCGUCACAACACCCAACACAGAACAGAACAUGCGAUACUCACGUCUGUAGGUAGCAUGUCCUUUGACACAACCUGGUGCCUGACCAGGUAGCGUGGCACACGUGGAUGGGCUGUUACAGACCUGUCAGCCUUUGCGCCCAAUUUCAUCACUAGAUGGUUGACAGGUUCUGGCAGUCGACGAGUACGCUGUGUAGGGAAGAGUGAGGCCGAUCCUGGGGAUCCCAUCCUCACCUCAUUCCUGUCGUUCUGUCGCUCUUGAAUCUAUCACGACAUGUUAAUAGUUGUGACUUAGAAGGUUGCCAACGGACAGGCUAACUCAGUCCUCCCAAGGACGGAGAAUCAGGGCCAAUGACCCUUCUCCGCGUGGCUUUUAUCGCACUCUCACAUGUGCGGCCUAAGCUGAAUUUUCUCGCCAAAGCACGGCAUAUUAAGCGGGGACCAGGUUUUGUGUGGCUUACGUGGAUGGGCCGUUUAGCUUCGUGAGCCACUGCGCUCGACCAAGAGCGUGAUUGGUUAGGUAUCGAAGUUAAGCUGAUGUUCGCAGUGCGCACACCAGCGCUCUACCUUGGCCGAAUUGUCAGCAAUAAAGCCGCCGUUCACGUUACGAACAUAGUCGCUCAGUGUCGAUGGCUUGCCACUAACCUGGUAGAUAAUUUGGUACAGUUUUCGAGUGUCACCAACGUUUGAGGCCUGCUCGAUGGAGGUUUCUAUUUCAGCCCAAUAUUUCUUCCGGUCAUCCCUGGUCGACUUUUCCGUCAUCUUUCGGAGCCGUCAGAAGGAAUCAUCAUUAUAGGGCCUCGCUCGGGUCGUCUAAGCAGACAACUGCUGGAUUCCUUCGUUGAUUCAGUCACCGCAGCGUCGUGACUUAGUUUGAAGUGAUAGUGGACUUUCUUGGAAUUUACCGCACUCCCAUCACGCACCUGGAUCCGAUGUAAAGAUAGAGCCUGGAAGACCAGAGGCAGGAGAGGACUCAGGUGGCUGGACGACGGGAGCCCACACCUAGGCGCGUCACCACACCGUGGUCCGCGCACAAAGGGGCAGGUUUUCACCAGAACAAUAAGUGGACUGCUCGGAUCUCAACUGAGUGAUAGUGCUACAGAGGCCACGUUAAGAGGUCAUUGCAGCCUGACACUACGUCCCGCGAGGACCGCGUUAUCCCGUCUGUUGGCAGCCUUCCAGGCCCCGUUUUUAGGGCACUGCGAUAGUUUAAAAGCGUGUCAGAUUGUUUAUAGUGGGGAAUAUGCGCUGAGUGCCAUGGGAACGGAAUCUCCAAAGUCGACUUCACUCUCUCUUUCCUCUCUCGUGCGCCAGUCGAUUUUACAAACCGAUCGAUCAACUGAUGCUGAGAUUCGAUACAGUGACUGACGGCUGAAAACAGCACAUCGUCGCGUACCACACGAGACCUGGUUUUCCACACAACAUACCAAGAUUCCACGCAAAGCGCGGUGGAUUGCAUAGAUCUCACAUGUGUUAGAGUGCCAUGGAGAAGCAGCCGAAGAUUGGAAGUGUCUGUUUUGUCCCUACGAUGGGUGAUGCAGGACGGGUUCGUGUGGGGUGUAUGUAGUGGUAAUGGACGCAUGGUGGGGUCUGGUCUACGAUGGUUUACCGCAAAUUAGCAUGAAAGUGCAUGUGACCAAGUAUGCACAUGUGGUGGUUGAAUAUACGUGGGCAGUGUGGACAUUUAAAGCAGUGACGACGGAGUAUGUUGGGGCUCCUGGCACUGGUACGGUGGUCUUGGCACGAUGGAUUUGCGAGUGACCGAUCAGUCCGAUGCGUGAUGUAAACGUGCGAUUGCAAUAAAGUCAGGUGAGGGUCGACUCCGCAUUGCUGGUGGUGAGUCUGUGGCGGUCAAGGUGAUGCUUGACAGGGCGAGUGGGAGAGACAGCGCGAGCGUGGGAGAGACUGUAGUCAUCGUUGCCGUCGUCUUGAAGAGUUUGUGGCAGGGAUGAUGAAGGUGGCGAUGACCGACGACCACAGGCAUCAGGAGUGUUAUCACCAGUGACGGAGAUGGUCGCCGUCGUGGACGUCCUAGGGGUUAGUGCAAGGGUGACAAUGGAAACAUUUACGGAGGCAGCAGGUGGAGUUGUCACUUUGUCGUUGCAUUUUGUCUGGAGAUGUCUAACGUCGCCGAUCCGCGCGCUAAGUGUCUGUCGAAAGCGCUGUAAUGUUGCGGAAAGUUAGGUGUCACAUCUGCGGGUCGAAGACGCUUGUGGCAUGCGAGCCGCUCUUUUGGCCUUGACAGCGGCGAUCCGGUUGGCUCCGUAGAUUGCUGCCCCAGUCUUCACUGCCGAUAGGUCUUGGGCGAGGUUCUCCCAAGUCUCUGGGUUAAUGUGCAGUUGCCUGAGGGAUGUUUUCAGGGUGUCCUCGUAGCGUCCUUUUGGCCGCCUUGUCGACGAGCAUCUGUAGCGAAGUCACCGUAGAAGAGUCGCUUGGGUAGGCGCUCGUCAUCCAACCUCGCGAGAUGGUCCCCUCCAACGCAGCUGAAUUUGCCUCAGCAUGGCGUGGAUUCUGAGGAUUUCGGUCCUUUUAAGGUCUUCUGUGCACGAAAUCCUGUCAUGUCACCUCAGCAUCAGUAUUCUCCGGAGCAGCUGGGGUGGAAGUGGUUAGAUUUCUGCGCUUGUUUCUCGUAGACCGUCCCUGUCUCCUCUCCAUAUAGCUGUGUUGCCACGAUGACGACUUUGUGCAUUUUCGGUUUGGUGUUGAGAUGGAGGCCAUAGCGAUUCCACACUGAGUCCUGCAACCGACCGAAGGCCUAGUUAGCCUUAGUGGUCUGGUGGGCCACUUCUUCGUAAUUUUUUAUACUACAUGAGAGUCUGCUGCCUAACUAGGCAGAGUUGUCCACAGUUCUGAGUUGGGUAUCGUGUACGGUGACGCGAAGGUCGUUGUAUUCAGUUUUAGGCUACCGCUGAUGCAUGAACACCGUUUAGUCUGCUUUGAUAGUCAGUUCGAAGUGCGCACAGUCGGCAGCGAAAAGGCCUAUGCCGCGUUGCACAUCCGAUUUUGCGCGGUCAUCUGCAAAGAGCAAGUCAUAAACAGCAGUCGUGGAGAGAUUCGUUUCGGCGUUGGGUAUUGAGAAGCUGGCUGUCGAUCCUGUAAACGAUGCUGAUCCCAGGACCCUCAUCACGGUAGUCAUCCAUCAACAUUGCAGACAACAUAAGACUGAAGAGGGCGGGAGCGGAUACGCAGCCUCCCUUCAUUUCUCACUUCGAAUGCGUCUGAGACUGACCCAUCGUCCUUGACGUGCGCCUUCCCGCUGUGAAACCCACAUUACGUGCAAGUCGCUCAAGACAACCCAAUUUCUGCAUCAUUUUCCAGAGUCCAUCGCGAUUUCACUUUCUCGAAGACUUUCUUCAGGUCUACGAAGGCCGUUGGCGGGCCGCGAAGAUCAUGUUGGUUGUUCCGCGUUGUCGUUAGGAGUCACACAGGCUUUCAGAAGAAGUCCGCGUUCCAAAUGGCCGCUGAGACGGUUGAGAAGAUCGAAGAUCGAAGAUCUUUCCGGCAAUAUUGAGCUGCAAGAUUCCCAUUCGAUUAUCACAGAGUUGCCUGUUCCCGUCCGACUAGUAAAGAUGGAUGAUGGUCGCGUCCAUGAAAUCUGAUGGAACUUGUCCCUUACUUCAGAUAUCCUGGAACAGUGGCGUGAGUUUGUCCAUCAGUCAGGGAGCCGCCGUGUUUGUUGACUUCAGUCGCGAUGGGGUCGGAUCCACGUGCUUUCUCGCUGGAGGUCUGUUGCAUGGCUUUGGUUGUUUCUGGGAGGGAAAGCGGAUGGAACAUACCGUCAUUGGUUUCCAAUUGUGGGAGUCGGUCGAUGUCAGCGUCGAAUAUCGUGGAUGGGCGGUUUGGGACGGUUCUGAAGUACUCGGUCCAGCGCUUCAGAAUAUGCGAUUUUUCCGUCAAGAGUUUGGUUCUAUCGGAGCUGAGUAGGGGCGUGAUUGCAUGUAUGCAAGGACCGUAGAUUUCCAUGAUGGAGGCGGAUAAAUGCUUCCUUCCCUGGCGCUCCGCAUACACCUGGAUUUCUUUGGCUUUGCGUGCCAUCCAGGCGCCCCACCUCUUCUCCAGUCGUUGCUGCACUAGGCGGCGACGUCUGAUAAAGGUCGUUUUGCUUGUCUCCGCCCGUUUAUGUAGGUUUUGUGCAGUCUGUGCUUCUGGGCGAGUGGAUUUUAGGUUUAUGUGCCGUCGUCAGAGCAGUCUUGGUGUCGACGAUGUGCAUGAUGGAGGACUUACAGAGCGGUAAAGUGGGUCACGUUCCGUAGUUAACAUAACCGUGCAUCCACGGCGAUAUUGUCGCCCGCAGCCUGCAAUUCUUCCGGUCACCGAGCCAAUUGAUUGCUGAAAUCGAAGUGGUGGGCAGGAAGAUUCAAAAGAAUAGCAUCUAACUUGCCAAGUAAGCGUCUGACCCUCACUGUUGUGGCUAGGAACUCGAUCCCAUUCUGUCCGCCCGCCAGCUUGCUACUGACGACAAUGAACUUUGUCAUAGAGCACAUACCAUGUAUAAUACAUAAGCAGCCUAUGACGUACUGAUGGUUAGUAACGACCGUGAAACAACUAUCUGCGUCUGGUCUGUUGCACCCUUAGUGAGCUGCUUAAGCAUUUAACUUACCUGUGGUCUCCAACCUUGUGGUCUCCUGCUAGGUUGAAGUCUGGGCCUCAUUUUGAGAUGAGGCGGUAAUCGGCCCAGCCGCAGCUUUUGCAGAUCGCCUUGAUCACUAGUACGUCUUUUCGAUCUCGCCUCCUGGCAAGAACGUAGUCCAGCAGGUGUCAGGGCUGCGAUCGUGAAUGCUUUCGGGUUACCUCCCACAUAGGAAGGUGUUGGUGAGGAGGAGGCGGUGUUCUGCGAAGGCUCAACGAAAGUGGUUGUUAUCGUUUCAGCCGCGGAGUCCAUGAGGCCCAGCACUCCCAGACACUGGUCAGUCCCGACGCGGGCAUUUAAGUCAUCAAGGACAACCACCUUGUCUGCCUUCAACAUAGUCGCCAGGAGGGUGUGCAGUUCUUUGUAAAACUUGUUCCUCACCUCUUCGGAUUCGAUUGUUGGGGGAGUGUACACGCUGACGACGGUGGCGAAUUCGGUUCCCCGAAGAGGCAGGCUCAAGAUCAUGGGCCGGUCGUUGACGCCCUGCGGCAGACAGGGCAGUCGUGCCACGGGAUCCUUCCGGAUGUCAGAGGCGACGCCGGCAUCGCGCCGCCCUGCCUUUGGGUGGCUGCCCCAGAAGAAGGUUUAACCAGUGCCCUCCUGCAGUUGGCCUUGUUGGGAGAAUUGGAGGUCGCUAAAAGCAGCGAGCUUCACCUUGUUGCGGGCCAGUUCCCGACCGGCUAUCGCUGUCCUCCUUUUUACCCAGUUGUCCCUCGGAUUGUCUAAAAUAGAACGAACAUUUCAGGCUGUCAAAGUGAGCGGAGUGACUAGCAGCCUGUGAUAUAAUGCAGAAGAAAGGGCGACGAGGAUUGUCGUUGUUUAUGUUGCCUGCCCUUGAUUUGUCUGUGCGUUGAACUCGACAGUUCGACCGUCGAUUUCGACGAUGUCCACCGUGUGCCCCACAGACUGCAUGGUGGGAGCAGGGACGGCGACUUACGCAGGGGUUUAUAGUGCCAGUAGACUUGCGUAGCAUCUACCUACACUCUCUCCUCCUCCCCCGCCUGAGCCCGGUGUCAAGACCAAGUCAAGAAGACCGGAGACGAGGGAGGCCGCAGGUGGAUGGAUCGGACGGAUCCUCGCCUUGGCGCUCCACUCCACACCCCCUGGUCCACACACAAAUGACCAGGAUUUUGACAACAAAACAAUGGGGUGAUGGCAGUGGUCCAGUUGUGCGUUGAACUACUGCGAGAUAGACAUGCACAACAUCAAUUCCAGUCCUCUUCCAUCGUGUGCCAGCUGUUAGACCGAGUCAAGUUGACAAAAGAUGAUAUUUGACGCAGGGGCUAACCGGUUAUUCGCCGCGGCCUCUCGUGCCACGACACGAACCAGACCUAACUUGGACAAAUCCUGAUAAUAGCCUAUUGGUCCUAAGAGUUCCGCGAAACCAGUUGUAAGAACUUGUCUUAGGGCCCAGCGAUCUUGCCUAAUCUUGCGUGUCCGCUAUCGCGUGUUAUUUACACGCUUGAACAGGUCACUGGUAUUUGGGAGAGAAGCGGGAAUGAGGCUGGUCUUGAAGUGCCCUUCCUCAUGGCAAGUCAAGGCAUUCCUCAUUAUAAUAAAUCCUACACGCCUAAAACUAUCACCUCGCGCUAAAAAUCGUGAGUUAAAGGGUCGCCAGCGGACGCAAUAGCUCGAUCGUCCUUUGGAACGAUGACCAAGUGUAAUGGCUCCGUGUUAUGACCUUUGCGAAGUUUCUCUCAUACGUGGAAUUAGACCUUGUAUAUGGAGGACAUAGACGGAGGUUCCACGCCACACCAACCACUACACCCAUUCUUAUACCUAGUCAGCUUUGCUCGGACAGGGAGGGGGCACGUGGGGAGAGCGAGAGGGGGACAGGCGAGUUAGCUUGGUCGAGCUUGCAUAUAGCGUUUAUUGCUCUCACCACAAGCAGUAAAAUGCGCCCUUAAAUUGUCGGAAUUAUCUGGUUUUCAUUUGGUCUGAAAGCCAUUCUGCAAGACUCCUUUCCUGAUGUGACCUUAAUGGCAGUUUCACCUUCUUCAGACCCGAGGCAGCCCUCUUUCUUUGAGGCGCGGUUUAUGCGGAGUUUGGGGGCUAGGUCUUGUAUGGCACGCUUGGGCGGGCUAUUUAACUUCAUCAGUCACUGCUUUCACACCCAUUUCCAGUCGUCUUAACUUGCCCUUGUCAUUUGAGCAAACUGGGUGUGAAAGUGGUGAGUGAGCUCGGUAUAGUGUGGGUCUACCUCUCCAUAAACAAAUCCACGCGCAAGUCACCACUUAGUUUUCUUUAGGACUGUGGUGGAACUCUUCGCUUGCGAUGGUUAAGCUGUGCUGUAGGUCAAGAAAAAACAAGCACACGAGACUAGGGGUAUUGAAUACAGCGUUGCCAAUGACUGAAUCUUUUUCAGCUGUGUCAGCUGUCAACUCAUAUUCAGAGCAUGCCUUUGCCUUGUUGGACACUACGCUCACUAUAGCAGUAAUAAAAACCAACAGGAUGGCCACUACACUGUGGAUUAUUGUCAACGUUAACUAGUCCGUCCACACCUAUCCCACUAUGGGCAGUAGUUCUGUGCGUGGAUAGCCUUCGUUGGAUAUCUUCGUGUCCAAGUUCAUGCAGCUAAGACUCAAAUUAAUCGUACCACCACCAACUGCUAAGUCCAACCCUAGAAGUUGUGUGAUCUCAGCCUAUACACUCCGAACCUGCGGCAUCCAGGCUGGCCUACCGGCUGGGUGUCUGUGGCUCCAACUUCAUUGCAACUAAAAGAACCUCCGAUUUUUCAACAAACCCAGCUUCUCUUACGUACAUCCAUUUGCAGUCUACAUCAAUGACACGCCUCGACCUGUCUCACCCGCUCUAUUUUUACGUAGUUUCUAGGCAUAUUUCUUUCUGCCGAACAACAGCAACCAAGCUAGCAACAACUAUGCGUCACUAUGCCCUACUGUCGGUGUGAAUUUGGUCCAGGGGAGUUUUGUUGGCGCCUUUAGAUGCACCUGUCCCCAAAGCACUGGAGCCAUUGUCCAAGCCGUCACAAGCCAUCGUUGAUUGCGAUUGGCGAACCGGCAAUAUUUUAUCCGCCGUCCUUCCCCUACUCGACGCGUCUGUCUAAGGUCGCUUCCUUAGUGACACUGAUACAUUACUAACCGCCUGUGACACUGAAGGUGCGUAUAUUCUGACUGGUCGGACGUCAGACGGGGCAGUCACUUUCGGGCGAUGGUGAAUCUUUCCUUCUGGAUGAUUUGGUGGUGAGAUGAGAGUGAAGUAAGGCGACUUUUGGUGCGAAAAUUUGAUGUACACAUCCUCUGUUCUAUGAUAACGCACGCUUCCCUACUUAUCCCCUUCCUGGCAACGGUUUCGUAUGCAGCCUCGCAAAACGAGAAACAAGGAAGUCCGUGAUACGGAAAUGGUGGUGAUAGAGGGUCUUAUGGGUGGAGCUCAGGGAGGCGGUAGACAACAUACUCUGCGGAGAAAAAUAUCAAAAUUGCAUUUACGCCAUUGUUUACGCAUUGUUUAAAUGUGCGAGCGCGUAAUUUAAGAUCUGCAAAAAACGAAAUUGGCUAGUCGAAGGCAUCUGGCAAGUUCAAAUCAAUUCAAACGUCCAAAUGUCCGAAGGAUGGAAAAAUACGCCUAUUGAAAACAAAACAGGAGCAGAACGGGCAAAAAAGUAACAUACAAAAGGUGAUAUUGAGGAAAGAUACGAAGAAAAUAAUUCACAAACGCGGCAAAUACAAGUUAGCAGUCGGCAUGGGGUCCGUUAUGCGUGUCUUCCUGAGCUAGUCUUAACCCUUAAAGCUAAUCUGGAGACCCUAAUCCCGACCUUGACCCACAAAACCUAGCCUUGACCUUAAAGCCCCUACCCUGCUUCUAAAACACUUAUCCUCAACCUAGCUGUGAAGCCCUAACCCUGAUCUUAAAGUCCUAACCCCAAACUUAAAUCCAUGACCCUAACCCAAAAACCCUAAUUUCGAAACCCUAGACUUAAAACACUAAUCCCAACCUUAGAAACCAGGCACUAACCCUACCUUUAGACCUCUAGUCUUAAUCCUAACCUUGAAACCCGAGCACUUACCCUAACCUUAAGGUUCAAGGCUCUUAGCCUUGAAGUUCUGUGCCCCAAAUUAAUCCUAAACCCCACCUUAACCGCUAGUAUCACCUUUACCAUUGUGUUAACCUUACCGAGCCACACCUACCCAAACAUAAUAAGUAGCCGAGUUUAGAAAUAACGAUUAGGUGCGACUGCAUACCAUACCGUCACCUUUCUUUGUCAUAAAAUGCCCAGCAAUAGGCUGUCCAAUGUGUGGGGAAGAGGCGAACUGCUUGCAUUUUGUCAUCAAAAAGAUGUUGUAAGAGGACUGCUGAAGUAAUUUUAUUGAUGUCCUCUCAGCUCACUACAUUAAAUGUUUACUCUUCUUGCUAGGAACGCUGAGAGCCGGUGUCAAGACACCACCUCAUGACUUCCCAGUGAUCCCCUAAACUUUCCCAAAGGAAUCUGUUAAAUCAGCAUUAAAAGAAUGAGAACGAGGAGUCGCUGGCCGUUUUGUUUCUUUGUUCAUCUUGUUGGCGGGCUGUCCGUUCCUUCCUCUACUUGCUCUCUUGUAACUGCUCAUUCUCCAGCGUCAAAAUACCUUCCGUGUCUUAAGCUAAAAUUCUGUUCUAGCGGAACUGGAAAAAACACCUUGGAUGAACAUGGAAUGUCUGGAUGCCAAACGUGAGAAGCAAGCCUGCUUUGAAGAAUGGGAAGUCAAUCCCUGUCAAGAGACUGCAGACGCAUGGACGGCAGCUCGCGAUAGACUAAGGGAAGAAUUGCUGAAGUUGCGGCAAUUCUGGAUUAAGCAGAUGGACUCUGUGGACUAUUUUCAGGAUGUCGCGGACAUCACUCUGGCCAGUGGUAAGCUGUGGAGCCGGCUUUGUGGUGUUUAAAUUGCAUGUGCAGUCAUCUGAAGAAAUCUGCGUUAAAUCGAUCGUCCCGUUACUCCCGAUGCUGUCCCAUUCUUCUAUUUCACUUAUACCGCGCAUCCGAUGCCACCGAACAACAUGGAUUACGGUUUGGCGCACAGGACGAAUGAUUCUGUAACCAAGUGGGUAACAAUUGGCCGUUUCUGAUCAUCAGAUUUUAACAUCUUUUCAACAUUGUUGGGUCAAUAGCCAAUCGUCAAGACUGUAGAGCGUUGCAACUUUUUGUUAUUAUAAAAAUUAGUGCGAUAUUCAUCCAAACAUAUUGCCUACAUAUCGGUCGUUAGGCAGGGUUUAUGACGUGCGUAUAGUGUUUCAUUUUAAAAGUUGAACGGAAAGUUGAGACCGGCCGAUUAUGGUGUUUACAGGGCAGGUUGACCUUAAAUCUGUUCCUACCGCCCACACCCUAAGGUCAGAACUUAUCGACCAUCUUCCCGGUGAAGUUGAAGUCCUCUUAAGCUUAAUGUGGAAUUUUCGGAUUUGGUUCUCCUCCUCUCUUACUUUUGUUGCGAUGGUGUCGUAUGUUGCUAUAUGUUGCUUCUCUUUCCGGACUUAUUUUGAAAAAUACCUUGGUUACGGGUUGCGUGGCAGCCUACACAGGGUACAUAGCAUGUGUCCUGAAUUUAAAAGGCAACGAUGUGCGCCCGCUUCCUUCCGGAUAAUCAGAAACACUUAACUUCAAGCAACUGCCGCGUCAUGGUAACUAAGACAGUCACUGAUCGCGUGUUCAAAGACGAAGUAGUUUAGCCCGGAGUUCUUCAAAGGUGUUCUUCCAUUGCGGCAAUCGCAAGUUAGGCGUCUUUGACCUCGACGGCAUCUAAUCCCUCGUAAGAUUAUCGUCCGUUGCACCGUUAGGGAGUCAGCUUCAUGCAUAGACACCCAUGCCGCUGAUGCACCUGCCGUCCCUGCCUUAAGACCUUCAUAUCCAGUUCCCUUGUUAGUACACUGUCUCGGGUUGUACACGGAGUUCUUUUUGCACUUCAGACGUCCUCAUCGCUUCACCAGCAACAUCACAACUUUCGCAUUCCACCGACGGCCUUUGUCCCCAACAACCACAGGACGGUAUUCCAAAGAUUUUGCUCUUAGUAAAUCUUAUUUAGAUGACUUGAAGUUUUGUAAAUUUCGGUCGCCGUCCGCUUCACUUCUAUGGUUUUCUUUGAGUGUCGUUCCCAAUUAUACGUGAGUCUUACCAACCGUGACAUGCAUGUCAGUCAAGGAGAAGAAUUACCACAUAUUAAAAUUCUUCCGCCAUCGUCCUUACAGCAUCCUGUGA